GUCAAAAUCGGAAUGUUUUGAUCGCGCGUGUUGCCGUCGCAAACUUCACGUGUUUCUACCGCGAGUGACAACAUUCACUUUUGUAGCAGGUUCCCGUUGGUUUUCUCCGCUUUUCGUGUGUAAUUUGUGUGAAAAUGGCCAAAUUCAAGGAGAAAGUCAAGCGCCCCUUUAAAGGUAAACCUUCUAAGGGUGAGAAACCGAACGGUAAAGUCGGUAAACCGAAGCAGAAGCCAAAGCCGGAUCGGUUCAAGUUUUCGGUAAAGGACGAGGAAGCUGAGAUCACCCGGCUUAGCGAGCUGUACUCCACUGCGAAGGUUGACGAGACCAGCAAGUUUGGCGAUUUUCCCCUAUCGAAGAAGACCGUACAGGGGUUGGCCCAGGGACAGUACCGCGUUCCGACGGCCAUUCAGCGGCAAUCGAUCCUGCCGGCGCUCCAGGGGAAAGACAUCCUUGCGGCGGCCAAAACGGGCAGCGGAAAAACGCUGGCCUUCCUCAUUCCCGUGUUUGAGAAGCUGUACACGAAUCGAUGGACACGGUUGGACGGACUGGGCGCGCUGAUCAUCACUCCGACCCGGGAGUUGGCGUUGCAGAUAUUCGAAACGGUUGCCAAGAUCGGCAAAAAUCACGACUUUACAACCGGACUCAUCAUCGGUGGCCAGAACCUAAAGUUCGAGAAGAGUCGGUUGCAUCAGCUGAACAUAAUCAUCUGCACUCCGGGUCGGUUGCUGCAGCACAUGGACACGAACCCACUGUUCGACUGCACCAACCUGAAGGUGCUUGUCCUCGACGAAGCGGACCGCUGCCUGGACAUGGGAUUCCAGACGGCCAUGAAUGCCAUCAUCGAAAACCUGCCAACGACGCGACAAACGUUGCUUUUCUCGGCUACGCAAACCAAAUCCGUCAAAGACCUGGCGCGGCUCAACCUCACCGAUCCCGUGUACAUUGCGCCCCACGAGAAGGAAGAGUACACGACCCCGAGCCGGCUGCAGCAAAACUACGUUACGGUUGAGUUGAGCGAGAAGCUGACGAUGUUGUGGUCCUUCCUGAAGUCCCACUCGAAGCAGAAGAUAAUCGUAUUCUUUGCGACCUGCAAACAGGUCCGCUACCACUACGAGAUAUUCCGCAAGCUGCGGCCGAGCAUCCUGCUGCUGCCACUGUACGGUGGCAUGAACCAGGAGAAGCGCAACAAAAUCUACGCCGAGUUUUGCUCGCGCAGCAACGUGUGCCUGAUGGCGACGGACGUGGCCUCGCGCGGCCUCGACUUCCCCAAGGUGAACUGGGUGGUGCAGCUAGACUGUCCGGAGGACGCGACGCAGUACAUCCACCGGGCGGGACGAACGGCCCGGCUGAACACGGCCGGCGAGAGUUUGCUGGUGCUGCUGCCGCAGGAAGAGGAGGGCGUGGUGGCGAUGCUAGGCCGGACCAAGGUGCCGAUCAACAAGAUCAACGUCGAUCCGAAGCAGCUGUUUUCGCCGCUGGUCAAGAUUCAGUCGUUUUUGGCGCAAUCUCCGGAGCUAAAGGACACGGCCAAGCGAGCGUUCGUGGCGUACGUCAAGUCGGUGGCACUGAUGAAGGACAAGAGUGUGUUCGAUGUGUCCAAGCUGGAUCUGGACGCGUUCGCCAAGUCGCUGGGAUUGCUGGUGACGCCGCGGGUGAGGUUCCUCGCACGGAAGGGCGGUGACAAGGCGAAGAAUGUCAAGACGGAUGUUAAGGUAACGGUGGACGAUGGGGAUGAUGGGGAGGACGGCAGCGAUGAUGAGUUGUUUACGGUGAAGAAGAAGAACGCCAACGACGUUGACCUGGACAGUAUCGAGGAAAGUUCCGAAGAGGUUCCGGUGGAGAAAAAAGAGUCGAAGAAGAAGCUCACAAAGGUGAAACUGCUGAAGAAGGCACUGGUGACGAAUAAAAAGAUCGUGUUUGACGACGGUGGCAAUACGGUGGAGGAAGUCGUUCAAGAGGAGGCGUAUGAUAUCGAGAAGGCACGUGCGCAGUUGCGGGCCGCGGAUGCGGAAGACAAGGAACGGUACAAGAACCUGCAGAAGGCGAAGCGAAUCGCGAAGAAGGAAAAGCUCAAGCGUAAGACCGAGGAAGACGAGGAAGAGCAGGAGGAAGUGGAUGAGUUUGCAAGUGACGAUGAUCACAGCGUUGAUUUGAACUGGCUGCCAGAUCCGGACAAGGUGUACGGUAAUGGUGCCGGGGAGGAGGAGGAGGAAAGGCAAGUAGACGACAAGCCGGUGGUAAGUAAGAAGAAACCAUCCAAGAAGCGCAAGAUUGCGGAAACGCUUAGUGAUAUAACACUGACCGAGGCAGAACAGAUUGCGUUGAACUUCUUGAAGUAAACUUUAAUUGCAGGUUUGUAUAAAAAAAAUCAACAGGAAUAAAUGCUUAUUGUUUCUGAGGCAUCUGUAA